ACAGUGUUGUCUCGAUCAUCUAGGCGCUGGACAGGAAAAAUGCUGCGUCCGUUGUCAAGAAAGCGACCACAGCGUCCUGCGCUGCUUGGGCACCUAGCCUGCAUAAGACGAUCACAUAUCCGCGCUCUGGCCACGGCUGCUCCUAAAUUCAAAGUUCCUAUGAACCAAGAAUGGGUAGACUUAGUUAAGAAGGAGCUCAAGGGAAAAGACCCGAUCGAUCUGACGUGGAAUACUUCAGAGGGAAUACCUGUCAAACCAUUGUAUACAAAGGCUGAUGUUGCGGACGUACCUGAAGAGAUACCAGGCAAAUUUCCUUUUACCCGAGGACCUUAUGCUUCGAUGUACACAAAUCGACCUUGGACGAUUCGCCAAUAUGCGGGGUUCAGUACUGUGGAAGAAAGCAACGCUUUCUACAAGAAGAACUUGGCCGCUGGGCAACAAGGUCUUAGCGUAGCCUUUGACCUUGCUACUCAUCGAGGAUACGACAGUGAUCAUCCACGGGUCGUGGGUGAUGUCGGAAUGGCAGGAGUUGCCAUUGACUCUGUUGAGGAUAUGAAGCGUUUGUUCGAUGGUAUUCCGUUGAAUCGCAUGUCGGUUUCGAUGACUAUGAAUGGUGCAGUUCUGCCUAUUUUGGCCAUGUACAUUGUUGCAGGGGAGGAGCAGGGUGCACAACAAAAAGAACUGUCUGGAACGAUUCAAAAUGAUAUUCUAAAAGAAUUUAUGGUUAGAAACACCUUUAUUUAUCCUCCUGAACCCUCCAUGAAGCUGAUUGGCGACAUCUUUGAAUACACUGCAAAGCACAUGCCGAAGUACAAUUCCAUUUCUAUAUCUGGUUAUCACAUUCAGGAGGCAGGUGCAGACAAUGCCUUGGAAUUGGCAUUCACCAUUGCAGACGGCUUAGAAUAUGUCCGCACAGGUUUGAAAGCGGGAAUGACUGUCGACGAUUUCGCACCGCGCUUGUCUUUCUUUUUCGGGAUUGGGAUGAAUUUCUAUAUGGAAAUCGCGAAGUUACGGGCAGCGCGUCGCCUAUGGGCCACAUUGGUCAAGGAAAAAUUUCAACCUCAGAAUAAAAAAUCGCUUUUAUUAAGAACUCACUGUCAAACUUCGGGAUGGUCACUAACGGAGCAGGAUCCUUAUAACAAUGUAAUUCGUACGACAAUUGAAGCCAUGGCAGCAACGCUGGGAGGGACACAGUCCUUGCAUACAAACGCGCUCGACGAAGCUAUCGGUCUGCCAACCGAAUUUAGCGCGCGUAUUGCGCGUAACACACAGCUUAUUUUGCAAACAGAAGCAUUCAUUCCUAAGGUCGCGGAUCCAUGGGGUGGCAGUUACUUAAUGGAGUCCUUGACCAAUGAACUUUUUGACAGAGCGCACGCUAUUAUUGCAGAGGUGGAAUCUAUGGGAGGAAUGGCUAAAGCGGUUGCUAGCGGCAUGCCUAAGCUGAGGAUCGAAGAGUCUGCAGCGAAGCGACAAGCACGUAUUGACUCCGGGCAAGAAGUUAUUGUUGGUGUGAAUAAGUAUCGAGUGGAAAAAGACGACAAUGCCGUGGAUGUCUUAGCCAUUGACAACUCUCAAGUCCGGAACGCCCAGAUCGCUAAGAUCAAUAUUGUCAAGACCACGAGGGAUCAGGAACGAGCAGCGAGGGCCUUGGACGCGUUAACGGACAGUGCAAGAUCCGGACAAGGAAAUACCUUAGCAUUGGCGAUUGAGGCUGCCAAAGCACGAUGUACCGUCGGGGAAAUUACAUAUGCGUUGGAGCAGAUAUGGGGACGCCACAACCCAACAGUCAGAGUUGUCAGCGGCGCUUACAAAUCUGAAUACGGAGCAAGUGAAGAUAUCGCCAAGACCUUGGCGAUGGUUCAGGAAUUCAUGCAUCGUGAAGGCCGUCGUCCACGUAUCCUAGUCGGCAAGAUGGGACAAGAUGGACAUGAUCGGGGAGCGAAGGUUAUCGCCAGUGGUUUUGCGGAUUUGGGAUUUGAUGUCGACAUUGGACCCCUAUUUCAGACUCCAGCUGAGGUCGCCCGUCAGGCGGUCGAUGCUGAUGUUCAUGUAGUGGGUGUCAGUUCACAGGCCGCUGGUCAUAAGACUUUGGUACCGGAGCUGAUUGAAGAGUUAAAGAAAUUAGGGGCUUGCGAUAAAUUGGUUGUUGUUGGAGGAGUCAUUCCACAGCAGGACUACGCUUUCUUGUACGAACAUGGAGUCAGCUGCAUCUUUGGGCCUGGGACCAAGAUCCCCCUCGCGGCUCAAGAAGUUAUUCGAAAGAUUGAAGAAUCACACAAGGAUGACACUGGCAAAGCUGCGGCAUCCGCCUGAUCACUCGUUCUACAUAGCUCUAGAUAGGACAUAGCGGACUACAUACGUUCAUAUCAUAUUUCUAGUUCAUCUGGCUGCGUGCAUACACGUAACCUGCUACAGUCUCUGGCUCCUGUGCAAUUUGACCAGUCUCUCUCGA